GUUUUAGCUUCCUUCUCCGCUGGCAUUUCCGUGAGUUCAUCAAACCCUCUCUCUACUCCGUCGAAAAUGGUGAAGGGUCGUCAAGGCGAGCGUAUCAGACUCUACGUCAGGGGAACUAUUCUCGGUUACAAGAGGUCGAAGUCGAACCAGUAUCCAAACACCUCUUUGAUUCAGAUCGAAGGUGUUAACACGAAGGAGGAGGUAGCAUGGUACCAGGGAAAGCGUAUGGCGUACAUCUACAAGGCCAAGGUCAAGAAGGAUGGUUCACACUAUCGCUGCAUUUGGGGAAAGGUCAUUAGGCCUCAUGGUAACAGUGGUGUCGUGAGAGCUAAGUUCAAGUCCAAUCUGCCCCCCAAAUCCAUGGGAGCUAGGGUUAGGGUGUUCAUGUACCCAAGCAACAUCUGAAGUACUUUCACUGUCUUUGAAUGCUUCAAACUAUGCUUCUUAGAAUUUGGGUUUGAAUGUAGGGCUUGCCUAUAUAAUGAUUUUUUGGGUGUUAAAUAUUAUGAUAUGAUGCAUAUAAUGUAUCUCUCUUCUUGUUGAUUGUUCUCAAAAGAAUUUAUUGUAUAUAAUGCCCAUUGCCUGGAGUGUGACUUCACUGAUCAGAACUUAACACCUGUGUUUUUUGCUGGUCGAAUAUGAUUCUUUGCACAUUCAAACAGUUUUAUAGCUAAGAGAUGACAUCCUUAAUUUGAAAGAUAAAUAUGAUUGUCUUAUGAGGCACAACAAUUUGAACUACCUCUGCUAGAACAUGUCCUAGUCUAGUAGCUAAAGAUGUGAAAACCUGUUUUUUACACUAUUUUGGAGAAUGAUGGACUUGGAGUGAUUUUAGAUAACUACGCUCCUGAGUAGUAAGCCCAUCCAUAGAUGAGUGCUCUCCCAUUCCAAUUUAGCAUGGAUUAUUUGCCUUGCGUAGUUGGAUCUAGAUGAAAUAUAUGUUUGUGCACAUAUUUUUUCACAAUUGCCAAUAACAACAAAAAUGGGUCUAUAUCACUUUACAUGGCAUCUACAAUUUAAUAACACAAUGUACAUGAGCCUGCCUUUAGUAUUAUUUCUCUAGAUGCCAUAUUUCAUGUGUCAUGUGUAUCUGAGUUUUAUCUGUUACUUAGCGCACCGUGUCUUCUUUAUGUGUUUUGAGUUGGUUUCUGAUUUUUAUGUUUUCUCCCCAUGCAGUGACCUCAGAAAGUAGAAGACAGAUUGAAGUCAAUGGUGACUUGAUAUGAUUUUAAGGCCUGAACAAAGCUA